AUCACCAAAUGUGGGAAAAGAAUCGUCCAUUUCCCAUCUUUCAGGAAAUGACAUGGGAAGUGAUUUCCUCUUAAAUCCGUUAUGUGAACCAAACAGGUGGUAUCCGUGCAUUUAUCCACAUUUUGUAAAAUCUAAGCCACUUAAAUAAUCUAACAACUUUAGCGUAUUAAUCAAUAUUUAAGUUAAGUGUUUCUUUUUCCAAACUGAUGUUAACGUAGUUAACAUGCUUGGAAUUUUUUUUUUCUUUAUCUGAUGAAAAGAUAUCAUCAUUUGCAGAGUACUGAGUACUCUUCACAAACACCACUGCUUCCACUGUUUUCUUCACUGCUUGUUCCUCCAGCAUCUUCGUCCAUUCUUGAAGAUGCUUCACGUACUUCACAAAUCAAUCUGCACACCUUUGAACUUCAAAAAUUCACAAACAUCUUAAACACCAAGAAACACUAAAAUUCACAACACAAUCAGAGAAAGCAAAAGAGCAAGCUUUUCUCAACUAAGAAUAUUUAUGCCAAGGCAAUAAGACAUUUUAUUUUCUCUGUUGGAGAUAAAAAGCUUCUUCGGACAACAAUGCUAAACUAUCAAUAUUAAUAUCGUGCCACUGUCAUAUACAUCUAAACAUCAAUCAACCAUCUCUCUUCCAAAUUAAGCUUCUAUUUUCUUUUCUUGAAGCUUAACUCAAGUAAUGAAUUUUUGUGGCCUGUUAUACUAACUAUAUAUAGAUAUGCAUGUUAAAACUAGAAUCACCAUCAAUAACCACAGAUCAUUCAGUCCAAACCCCACUCCCAAAAAAAAGAAUAGCCACAUAUCUUCACACUUUGAAAUUAAAUGGCCCAAAAAGAUGAAAACGUGAGGCAAGUUACCAAAAGAGGAGGUGGACAAGGAAGCAGAGGAGACCAAGACCAACCUGCAGAAAUUGAGCAAACUUCAAAGGUGAGUACUACAAUCCAUGUGGAGACAAUUCCCAGGGAGGAGAGACUCGAAAAAUUCAGGGAAGCAGAAGCAGCACCAAUUCAGGCUGAAAAGGUGAAACCAAAGAUCCAAAGGGUUCCAUUCAUGCUCCGACAAGACACAAAAUUCGAAAAGUACUACGAGCCAAGGGUAGCAGCAGUCGGUCCUUUCCACCAUGCUCGUAAGCCAACAUACAAGCAUGCAGAGAAAAUCAAGCUUAAAUUAGCUGCCAACUUUGUCAAAGACAGCAAGCAGAAUGAUGCAGAUCUGCUCAAGAAGGUUGAGGACAAUAUCAACUUUGUAGACUGAAAUAUGUAGUUUUCAUUUUUUAAUGCAAUGUUUUCAAUCCGGGGUACUCUUUUUCCUUCGUUUGGGGUUUUGUCCCAUUGGGUUUUCCCCAAAUAAGG